UUAGAACUCUACUUGUCAUUAUGAAGACAGCACUUGUGCUUUUUUUGGUAAUAUCGCUGGCACAGUGUAAAGUCCCCUUAAGUCUGGUGAAAUUUCAAGCAAUCAAAUUUGUCACCGCUAGUAAUAUAAGCGAAGAGUGUGCUGCGGAUUUGUCGCUGCUAAUUUCAGACCUGUUUGGUUUGAAAAUGUGGGCUUUGAAAAUGUUUGACGCCACCGGCAAAAUAAACGCCGGAAUGUCAAACGGAAACCUGCAUUUCUUCGGCGAUUUCGACCUAUGCUUGUCAAUUAAAGAAAACACAAAAACACGAACAAUCGAAGGAAAAUACUGUACAGCUCUUAUGAGAGUCAACGACGAAAUUCUUGACCAAGCUAAGCGACUACUAAACUUACAAUAUCUAAAACUAGUGUACAGUGCAAUAAAUAUCCAAAUAGCGUUCAAUGAUAUGCAAAAUCUAACUGGUCUUGUGGGAAUUUGUGUACCAAAAUCUUGUAGCCUGGACGAUCUCGAAAUUCUAGCACGACACGUAGAACGUAAAUUAAAAUUGCCAAUAAAUCUAUCUUUCCUGGAAGAGAUGUGUACCUACAAAAACCAGCCGACUAACAUCAACACGUUGGAUUUAAUCACAUACUGCGGUCUUAUUUUGAUGGGUCUUUUACUCGUUGGAAGUACCAUCUAUGACGUUUAUUUACAUGGUUGCGGCGUUUUUAGGAUCUUUUCAAUGUACACAAACCUAAAGAAACUUUUGGAUAAAGCCGAAACCAAAAAAUUGAGUUGUGUGAGUGGAAUAAAAGUCAUAAGUUCUUUGUGGAUUAUAUUGGUGCAUACAGUCCUAAUUGCGUCCUUAAUAGCAAAGAAUCUGGUUUACGCCUUUGCAGAGUGGAGGUAUACACCCAUUGGCAUGGUCAUGUGGUCUGGCCCUUACGGCGUUGAUACAUUUUUCGCGCUUAGUGGGCUAUUGGUUACCUACACGUACCUGAAGAAUUGUCAAAACUCUUCCAUAGGUUUACUCGAAUUCUAUUCUAAAAGACUUCUCAGGCUCAUGCCGACGAUGACAGGUCUCAUUACUAUCCAAUCAAGUUUGUUAAAACUAUUCCUAGACGGACCCAAUGGGCAAAUUUUAUUGAAAAUCUCUGUCGACAACUGCCGCGAUAACUGGCCUAGUAUGUUAUUUUUCACUUUCAAUUUUAUGAAAGAUGCCAAGUGUGCCAGCAAUCACAUUUGGUAUUUGUCGAGUGACACCCAAAUGUACUUUCUAGCUCCCAUAUUUUUGUUCUUUAUCACAAAACACCCCAGAAAGGUAAUCGCAGGCAUGACUGUCACGUUCCUGUUCGCCGUUGGCUACAGUGUCGCUGUUACAUUUAUAAAGAAACUUGGGUUCACAAUAUUCGACUGGAAUUGCGAUUUUGAACACUAUCUUUCACUUUCGACAAUUCAUCGCUUGCCGUCUUGGCUAACAGGAGUCUUCUGUGGUUAUCUACUCCAGUUUAAAAAUGUCAAAAUUCCCAGAAAUUUGAACAAUUGCCUAUUGUUUGUGUCUUUAUUGUCUAUGAUACUGCUAAUAUUAAACCAGGUGUCGCUUCUGGAUGAAGAAUACAACGUCUACCGUGCUGCCCUCUGGAACGGUUUAGCUCGGCCAAUGUGGUCUUUAGCUUUGUGUUAUAUAAUAUUUAGCUGCGCGUCUGGACACGGAGGGAUAAUCAACUCAUUUCUUUCCCAUUAUGUGUUCAGAGUUUUAAGCGAACUUACAUUCAGCAUUUAUUUGUUACAUGCUGUAUUCGUUGCGGGAAUUCUCGGCAACACUAGGCAGAGUGUAUUCUUCAACAAUCGCCAGAUUCUACUAAAUUUGGUUGAAGUCUACAUGUACUGUUUGCCGGCGUCUUUGCUUGCAUAUCUUGCGUUUGAGGCACCGUUUUUAUCCCUGAAAGACUAUACGUCGAGACGACGAAAGGUUAUGGCAGAGAAGAGUAGCUAAAAAUGGCUUUCGAUGGAGCUUCAAGAGUUUCUAAACUUUGUAAUUUUAAGAAUAAAGAAUUCAGACUGA